GGGACAAGAACAUGUGAAUAUGUUGGCGCGUCAGCCUUGUGUUUGCCUACGUGAUUACAAUUCAGAUACGACGGGAUACCUAGGUACCUUCCAUUACCAAGAAAGUCUUCCUUCUAGUCGUUUCUAGGACCUUUCAUUUGGGCGUACACAUCGACAAACCGUUUCCUCUCAAUCUUAGAGCAGUUCUAAACGGAUCUAUGCAUAUACUUCCACCACCAAAGGAAUACUUGUCCCCCUCAUCACUGUUUUGCUAGCUGGUUUCUAAAAAUGUCUACUAAUACUGAACGCGAUGCACUUAUAUCGUCAUACUCUCACUUAAAAGGAAUGAAACGAGAAGCUGAAGCGCUUCAUUCUCUAAAGAAGAUUGCGUCGUUAGUCAAACCUAUCAUGAGAGCACGUCAUUGGCGCGUAGGUACUUUAACAGAAUUCUACCCAGACCAGCAAAAUCUACUAGGUCUUAAUGUGAAUAGAGGGCAGAAAAUAUGUCUACGGUUGAGAUAUCCUGGAGAUCAAAAUCAAUUUCUGCCGAUAGAGGAAGUGGUCGAUACAAUGCUUCAUGAAUUAUGUCAUAACGAGAUCGGACCGCACAAUCAAGAAUUUCAUGCUUUAUGGGAUCAGCUACGGAAGGAGCAUGAAGGUCUGGUAAACAAAGGAUAUACUGGAGAAGGUUUCCUGUCAGAAGGAAAAAGUUUGGGUGGACGCAGAGUACCACGACACGAAGCUAGACGUCUCGCCCGCAUAGCUGCGGAAAAAAGACAGAACUCUCCAAAGGGAUCGGAUCAAAAGCUGGGAGGUCGACCAGUACCAUAUGGCACUGAUAUUCGGAAGGUUAUCGUAGAUGCGAUCGAACGUCGAAACAAAGUACUCAAAGGUUGUGGAGAGAGCAGGAUGAAUCCUAUCGAGAUAAAAGACUUGGCCGAUGAAGCUACGCACAAUGGAUUCAAAACUCUAGCAGAAGAAGAUCUGGCUAACGACGCAGCCAUUGCUCAGGCCAUGUGGGAGCUUGUUCGGGAAGAUCAGAAGAAGGAGUACGGAGACCUUUACGUUCCUCCUUCUGUCCAAAACCCUGCGGGAACUAGCGGUGGUAAUAUUGGGGGUCGGGCAUCAGAUGAAAAUUCAAUCAAGUCAAAAUCGCCCCCAAAGCUAAAAGAUCCUCAAAAUGAGCCAGCACAAGGACCAGUAUACUCUGCACCUACCUUGACAGGGUGGACAUGUACUAUAUGUAUACUUCACAACCCGAUCGAUUUUUUGUGCUGCGAUGCCUGCACUACCGAGAGGCCAGAAAGCAUCACGAAGCAGAUUGAUCGAAAUUCUGAGAGGAAAACCGCAGCUAGACCUCUUCCACCCCAACCGCAAAUGUGGACUUGUCGAUGGUGCAGUACCAAAAUGGAAAAUCAAUGGUGGACGUGCUCUACUUGCGGAAAAAUGAAAGAAAGCUCAUGAAUGAUGAAACUGUCCAAUGAAGGCGUCUCCGAGAAAUCUGGCUAUGAUAUCACUGGAGUUUAUGAGAUUUGGGUGGGAACGGGAAUUGGAGCGGGUCAUAAAUCUAUAGAGUUCUUUCAUAGUCACAGGAGCAGCACGGGUAAAAUUUAUCAUGAUCGAGGUUCCGCACCAACCGAUUGAUGUGUCCUGGAAGUGGAUAUUUGAUUACAAAUCUUGUGGUUCA